AUGUCGUCCCCUUCAGAGGAGCCACUGGGUCUCGGGACCCCGAUGCUGGCGCGAUUCCCAUUCUCCUCUGACAAGAAAAGUUUCAAUCACGGUGGCUGGGGGGCAUAUCCAAACAUUGUUCGAGAUGCUAUGCGCCAAUUUCAGACGCAAUUUGAAUCCCACCCAGACAUAUUCGUCCGUUUCAGCCAGCCAGCAAUACAUACUGAAGCCCAGGAGAAUGUUGCGAAGGUGUGUGGAGUGAGCAGCAAUGACUGCGUGUUUGUCAGAAACACAACCACUGGAGCAGCCACGGUUUUGCACAACCUCAAUUACGCUGAAGGCGAUGUGAUUGUGUAUUUCUCCACUACCUACGGAGCCUUCCAAAAGAUGAUCACCCACUUGACAGAAAUAACCCCUUUCACAGACGCCAUUCAACAAAUCAGGUCUCAAGGCCUCAAUCCACGCAUUGCCAUCUUCGAGAUGGUUGUCAGCAUCCCGGCGUUCAGGUUCCCUUUUGAAAGGCUCACUCAAGUCUGUAAGAGUGAGAAUAUCCUGAGUCUGAUCGAUGGGGCCCAUGGACUUGGCGCGAUCCCUAUCGACCUAGAACAAUUACGACCGGACUUUUUUGUUGGAGAGUGUCACAAGUGGCUGUAUGUGCCGCGCAGCUGUGCCGUCCUCUAUGUUAACCCAGCACACCAACAUCUGAUGCACACUACAAUUCCAACGUCUUGGGGCUAUAUCAACACGGAUGGAUCGCAGGUUCUUCUUCCAUGGAGUAUCAGCACUGAAAGCACUACCAAUUCGAAGUUCCAGACGCUUUUUAGAUACGUUUCCACCCAUGAUAGUACGCCCAUCUUGUGUAUCCCGACAGCGUCCGAUUCCGCCAACAAUGUGGAGGGGGAGGCACGUAUCUAUCAGUAUCUUGAAACCCUCGCCAACGAAGGUGCCGACAUUGUUGCGACGACACUGGCCACGGAGGUGCUGCAAGAACCAAACCUGAAGCCAGGUGAAGUUUCCCAAUACCGGCGCUGUGCAUUGGCCACAGUGCGACUGCCACUUGCAAUUGAUGGAUAUGACUGCAAUGAAAGCUCACCCUAUGCAGCACUGUCACCGGCAGAAGUCCGGGACACCAUCAAUUAUUUCGGGGAGAGAUUAGCGAACGACUAUGGGACUUGGGUUCCUAUAUUUCCUUACGAAGGUUGGCUUUGGGUACGAUUGAGCGCGCAGAUUUACUUGGAGCGAAAAGACUUUGAAUUGCUAGCAGCCUGGCUGAAAGCAUUGUGCGACGAGGUGGGGACCAGGCAGCCUAGGACUCGGUCCGGGCCAAGUCUGAAAUUCUAA